AGGAGGCAAUCAGAUCCCCCGUGGUAGUGAUAUUUGAUGUUUCUGAGGAAAGGAUAAUUUUACAAUACUAAUAGUUAUAGUAAUUAGGGGUAUGGGGGAUGAUGUGAUGGUGCUUGUUGUUGCGAGUUGUGGUGUUUUGAGAGGGGCGGUCAGGACGGCGCAGCUCGCCGAGAUGCGUGUACACACCGCGCGUCAUGAUGCCAGUUCCCGCCAACCGCGUCAAUACCCUCGCCACCUCCUCUCCCCUAGCGCCCCGCACCCACACCACGGCCCCCGCCCUGCCACACGAGCCUCCGGAGGUCGCGACUAACGUGUGAGAGGACUCGGAAUGCUUGCGGUGGGCUGGUAACGCCCAUAAAAAAAGGAGUGUGGUCGGUGGUGGUGGCAGCCCGAGGAUACUGGCUCAGUACGGUGUCCCUCUCGCUCAGUGGACCAAUGUAGAGGGAGCAGUGUCCAAAGUCCCCCCCUUCCUACUGUUAUUCACGGCUGGAUGUGCCUUUGUGUGUCACAGUUGAUUGUGGAGCUGAUGAGCGUGGAGCAGGAGCCGGCGGGGGCGGGGGCAGGACCAUUGGCCGGACGGGAGCAGUGAGGGGAGAGGCGGCCCCCUACCGUGUUGUUGUGAUGGCGGAGGUGGCAGGGACGGGCCUUCUCCCCUCGCGAGCCGCUCUACAUCGCCGCCGCCGCCGCCCAGCACCGUCGCCGCAGGCUCCUCUCGGUCUCGCCAUGGCCUUGGGCAUUAGGCGAACUCCCACAGUGAGUCAGAGACGCCACCGCAGACUGACAUCAGCCCCUCUGAGUGACGACACCACAGCCUCACCGACGCCUUUGCCACUCGCCUCAGCCACCACCAUAAACACGCCCCGCCUCCUCCUCCUCCUUCACACACCAUUCAGCGUUUGUCCCACGGUGUGUAGGCUGCCCGGCACCACCCCAAUGUGAGGUCCAGGCAGGAGCAUGGGGUGUGUGGACAGCAAGCCGGACAUCAAUGACCGCCACGCCAACAUCUUCCAGGUGGUCACUGUAGAUGAGGUGGGCCAUCGCCUUAGUCCAGCCAAGCUGGAGGUGACAGAGUCCGACCUUGUACUGUAUCAGCGGGGCAAGGCGGCCACCCACUGGCCCCUCCGUGGUCUCCGCCGCUAUGGCUUUGAUGCUGAACUGUUCAAAUUUGAGAGUGGGCGACGCUGUCCUACAGGCCCAGGCGUCUAUACCUUCAAGUGCCGGCGGGCAGAGGCACUGUUCAACAUGUUGCAGCUGCAGAUUCAGAACAUCACAGAGGAUGCAGGCUCUCGGGACAUGGGAGCAGUUGUACCCAUCCCACCCGCCGUGCCUUCCGUGUCCACCCAAGGGAUACUGGUGCCCCAUGAGGAUCCUGUAUCGGGGAAUCAUGACUUUGAGGGCUACCUGGAGCCCCUCCCACAGCGCCUUCCCCACUCUCGAAUCCCCAACAACGUGGGGCCCUCCCACGGGGCAAGCAACAUUGCAGUGGGUGGGACUGUUACUCCUGUUACUCCGGAUGUGGGUUAUGGGACAAGCAUGUACAGGCCAGUGGUGGCCAUACCCUCACCUGUCUCACCUCCUACUCCUCUGGGUCACCCUCCACCACCAUUGUAUGACAACAGCUAUGAUGGACUGGUUGGGGCAGAAGACCCCCCACCUACCCCUGUGCAUGACACCAGGGACUCGCUCUCCACUCCAACCUGUAAUAAUCACUUUGACUUGUCCAACUGUCCAUCCUGGCCCCUGACACACCCAGGGCGCCGGCCCCGUGCCCACUUGCCUACGCCCUGCCCGCCCAACCAGGUGUAUGUCAACGUGAUUCCAGACAGCAGACACGUGUACGUCAACAUGGAACAAAAGGAACCAUCAGGGGUGCCAAUGGUGCCGCCGCGCCAGCCUACAGCGCCAGGCUCAGGUUCCUCCCACUCGGGUACCACCACCACCACAGACACUGAUCCUCAUGCACAAGUUCACUACAUCAUUCUACAGAUAAACCGUGGCUCUGACUCCUCCAUGGUGGCUCAAACCAGUCCUUCUGGGUCUGGCUCACCCCAGGGUGUGUGCAAAGGAGGCUAUACCCAGAUAGACUUUGAUAAGACACAGGCAUUGAAUGCAGCAAAGCAGGCAGUCAGUGGGCGGGAGGAUGGCUCACGGAAGACCAGGCACAACUCCACCUUCAGUGCAGCUACUCCCACCAACCUUGCCCACCAUAACUCCUCCUUCUCGGACUGAGGCCACACAAGUUAGGUGGUGUGGUUUUGUUCUGGUCUGUGGUGCCAAAGAAAUAGGUUUCGUGCUGUACAUAGUGCCGUGAUACCCAGCCGUUGCAAACUUGGCCCAGUGAAUAUAUAUAUAUGACAGUGACAGAUGUGCCGCCUCAGUGACGAGCCUGAAUUUUUGUGUAGCAGUGUUUAUAUAUACAUCUUUUUUAACCUACCAAAGUGCCCCUCUAGAAGACAAGCUGCCCCACCCCACCCCGCCCUGCCCCGCCCCAGCUUGCCUUGCUGAUCUGCUUCACAACCUCACCACUGAUCUGUGUGAUGAUAAAAGAAAAGUUGUAAGGGGCUUUUGUGUGAUAUAGUGAGUUAGCCAAGUGGUGUGAUGAGUGUGGUGAAGGGUGUGGUGUGAUGACUGGUGUGGUAGAGGGUGUGUAGUGUGUUGUAUAGUGAUGAGUGUGAUGAAAUGAAAGAGAAAAAUAGAUGCGAGAAAAGACUUGCUGCAAUGAUCUGUUCUGUACACUGUGAGAGGGAGAAACUUUUAUGGUUGUACAGAUUUAUCAUAUGAUGACAUGUUUUUAUUUGAUUCAGUUAAUGUCAAGUAUUGCCUACAAUACAAAAAUAAUGGCUCAGUCAAUUUCAAGUUAAUUUUAUUAACUGGAACUUCUAUUGGUUGUGGUAAGAGCAUUUAUUAUUUACAGUUAGCUAGUCAUGCAGAUGUUACUAUUUUAGGAAAAGUGAGGAUAUUCCUCAUCCCAAGGUUUUAGGAAAACAGGAAAUUUCUCUCCCAGAUACUUUACAUAAUCAAAUUACUCAUAAAAUAAGAAACAAUAAAAACAUUAGCUAUUUGUAUAUUUUCCAGAUACUCAUGAAGGAUCACUGCUCAAAUGCAUCUAUCAGCAAAAUACCAGAUUAUGCAUUAUUUUUUUUAUAUUUAUUUAUUUAUUUUUUUAUGUAGGAGGGACACCAGCCAAGGGCAACAAAAAUCCAGUAAGUAAAAAGCCCACUGAGAUGCCAGUCCCAGAAAAGGGUCCAAAGCGGUAGUCAAAAACUGAAGGACAAGUGUCUUGAAACCUCCCUCUUGAAGUAAUCCAAGUCAUAGGAAAGUGGAAAUACGGAAGCAGGCAGGGAGUUCCAGAGUUUACCAGAGAAAGAAAAAAAUUGUCAUUGUUAUUUUAUUUAUUACUAUCAUUAUCUUUAGGAGUGUCCCAGUUUCUUCCCAGCUUGUGUUCUUCUGGGGCCUGUAGGGGUGGGGCGGGCAGGGCCACGGACUAAGGGUGCUCUCGGUCUGAGAUUAUAAGAGGGUGAGGCUCAUCUCCACCCAGUACUGGGGGGCUGGGGUUGGCCUAAGUGGGUGUGGCAAUGUGGCUUGGGUCAAAAUCUGGAUGAAUAGUCAUGAAUAGAUGGGUAGUGAAGUGUCAAUUGGUUGGAAGCAUCGGCUGUUAACUAGAUAACUGAAUUUUGAUGAUGUGAAUGGAUGGACAUUAAAAAAAAAGAAAAAAAGUAUUGUGAUUAUUAUUGCGAUGGAGUAUGGGUGGAGGGAUGAAAGUAAGACAUGGAUGAAGAUGUGGAUGAUGGACCUGGAAUAGGAAUAGGGGAAAGGUGAUAAGAUUUAAUUCAGCCUAGACAGCGAAGAUCAUUUUGCUCCUCCAGGAUUACAAGGGAGUACUACCUCUCCCACAAACUUGGCACUCACUGGAGGUUCAAGUGCCCCACCUUUGGGUCACAAAUUGCAGCCUCCACCACUGUGCCACCCAGCCCCUGGUUUUAACAAGAAGGUGACUAUUGGUGGGCAGACUGGUGGUAUACUCUCCAGAAGAUGGAGUGUAUUUUCCUAGAUCCAUAUGAUAGGGGAAGGGAGGAAGUGGGAGUAUUAUGAAGUCAAAGGAUGGGAUAAAAAUUGGUGGGAAAAUGGUACUAAUGAACUGGUUUGGUUGGUGAAGAAAAUCAAGGUAGUGGGUGGGGAUGGUGGGAGGGUGGGAUAGCCACACCCACACCAGGGCAGCACCACCACCCAGCAGGGAGUGAAGGGCUGUCUGCAUGGUUCUCACAGCCAUAAAGACAGCAAAAAUGGAUUAUAACAAAUUGUAAAGUUUUUAUGGAACACGUAGCAUAGAUUUGCACAAUUUGUGUAAAAAUGCUUUGUGACCCACGCCCGGCCAAGGAUGGGGGGUGGGGUGGCCGGGCAGGGCAAGUUUGUAUCAUAUACCCAAAACUAACCGAAGAUAAUAAAAUUUGCAUUGUUUAUUUGACUAGAUUUUGACUAGAAUAUAAAAUGUUAUUAAAA